UCCGUGAUUUCCAUUUUUGCCACGGCAUUGCUAACACUUAACGCAACUUUCGCUGCUGCACUGUCGCAGACAAAAAUGUUACUUCUUUGGCUUCUGCCCCAUGUCGAAGGUGAAAAUGGCUAGAGGCAUAGUGUCUCCGUAUAUCUCCGCUCGAUGCUCUCGUUCAUUUCUUGCUCUGAGUAGACAACGGAGAAGAUACACGACCAAGGCACCUCAUUCCUCGGCUAGUGACAGCACCAGCCGCCAGUCUAAUGAUGCAAUCGACGAGAAUAUUAAAUCUGAGCCGGGUCCGAUGAGCCGCCGUCUCGAAGAGGCUACGGAAGAAGCAUUGCUUACCGGAGGGACAGCCGGCCGACGAUCGAUAGAACAUGCCGGCUUUUCGGACGAACUAAAAGAACGUCUUCUCGCAAAAGUUAAAGAUGCCGAAUUUAGAUCCGAAAACGCCGCCGCUUUCGCCGAAGCCGGAAUGCCCUCAGCUGCCAGCGUAGGUACCCGUCUUACGGCAACAAGUCAGUCCUGGACGGGUACUGAAGCUACUGAAGACGCCGUUUUGCGGAUGCUCAACGACGCACAUAAACCGUUAAAAAGAGAAUUGCGGGCUCGUCCGAAUAGGCCUGAUCUUCAGCCUAUCGAUAUGCGAAUUAGGCAAGAACUAAAGAUGAAGCCUGGGCACAGGGCUGCCAGCGCCAGGGAUAAGGCUUCUAUAUACGCGGGUAUGGGUAUGAAAGAGCUACCAGCAGGCCUUAGCGAGGAAGAGAGGGAAGAGUUGAGAAAAGAGUUUCGCGAGCGCUUUAGACCCGCCGCCCGUGCACUACCAAAUUCAUUGACAGGACUGGCUUCUCUAGCUAAUGAGAGGAUCGAAGAUGCCAUCGCAAGGGGGCAGUUUAAGAAUAUUCCGAGGGGCAAGGGAGUUGAACGCGAUACGAGAAGCGACAAUCCUUUUGUAGAUACGACCGAGUACAUUAUGAACAAGAUGAUCAAGCGCCAAGAGAUAGUACCACCGUGGAUUGAGAAGCAGCAGGAACUAGCCAAGGCCGCACACGUGUUCCGGGCUCGGCUGCGAAGCGAAUGGAGACGGCAUGCCUCCCGAAUGAUUGCCAGUAAGGGCGGUUCGCUUGAAGACCAAAUAAAUCGGGCUAAACAAUACGCGAAAGCGGAAGAGUUGCACAACCCCCGAAAGCGCAACGUCGACCAGAUAGCAGUACCUACAAACUCAACGGAUGACCCGGUCAUGGCCAAAAUGCGCCAGCAGGCGGCGCUAGAAGCGAAUGCCGAACCGGUACCGAAGACUAAUGUUAAUACGGCGACAGAUCAGGAGAUCACGUUGCCACCUUUCCGAGAUCCCGACUGGUUGGCUACGGAACAGGCUUACAUGGACCUUUCCAUUCGCAAUUUAAAUUCGCUUACACGAUCUUAUAAUUUGAUGGCUCCUGAUCUUGCUAAAAAGCCCUAUUUCUCACUCGAACGUGAGUUGAAUAAUUGCUACGCAGAUGUUGCGCCGCAACUAGCAGAUACUAUAAAGGACAGGGCUAGUGGCCGGGCGAAACCUUUAUCGGACGGGGUUGGAAAUAUACCUGGUGGCAUAUUAGAUCGCUUCGGGAAAGGCGGCCAUACUGCGAAGGUAUACGAGUCGAAAGCACCUUAUUACGGAUUCAAGGAGAUGUGGCGAGAUUUUUGGAGUCGUCAAGCUAGCUAGACUUUUCUAUCUACUCCUCUGCGGCGUUCCAUAAAGUAAAUAGAUGCAACAGUUCAGCUUUCAAAUUUACUAAAAUGGUCGCAAUCCCGAGAUAUGAUUUAUGUUUAUAGUAUAAUACAAUUAAUUGCCUAGCCUCUAAAUGUACUAACUCGAUUUCGCUUUACCCCGGAUUGUAAGUAUUCAAGGUUAUUUAGACGUGGAGGUUACCUGGUACGUCAUUGUUAAAAAUCCCUGUUGCAUCAGGAAAUAAUAAUAUAAAGCCAACGUGGGCAUUGCUCUU